CGCCGCUCAGCGCGCGCCGGUGGAGAAGGCAAGGCAGCGGGGAGAAAUUCAACUGCGUGAUCUGGAGCAGACAGGCGGAGGCGGCGGUGCCUGUGCUUUUCAGGGAUUACGCUGCACAUUUUUUACCCCUAAACCGGACAACGAGUGACUGGAGAACAGGAAGGGAGCCUUGAUGUGGGCAGUAUGAGUAAGACGCCCCCUAACAGAAGAGGGAUAACAUUUGAGGUGGGAGCUCAGCUCGAGGCCAGAGACAGCCUCAAAAACUGGUAUGCUGCCAACAUAGAGAAGAUUGACUACGAGGAUGAGAAAGUGUUAAUCCAUUACCGGCAGUGGAGCCACCGAUACGAUGAGUGGUUUGACUGGACGAGUCCCUACCUGAGACCCGUAGAAAGGGUACAACUGAGACGGCAGGGCCUGAAUGAUGACGCUUCGAGUCCCGGCUUUCGCGUGAAUGACAAGGUCCUCGCCAGCUGGUCCGACUGCCGCUUCUACCCUGCUAAGGUCCUUUCUGUCAACAAAGAUGCGUCUUAUACGGUGAAGUUUUACGACGGCGUCAUUCAGACUGUGAAGGGGAUGCACGUGAAGCCGUUUAUUAAAGAGAGGGGGAGCGUCGGCGGAGGGAAGGCUCGGUCCUCUGACAGGACCAUGGUCCGGCGGGUCCCAAACCGCAGAGACAGGAGGCCUCAGGAGAACGGGGCUCCAAAAAACAAGCGAGUCAGGCGCAGCACGUCUGACCAGGAGGACGACAGCAACAGUGAGGACGAGGAGCGCGAAGACGCGGUGGCGAACGAGAAAAGCAAAAAGGCGAACGGCGAGCUGGAGGCGACGCCCGCCGUCAAACAGGAAGUGGACACACCAGACCAGAACAAGCUGAAGGACGCAGUGGACUGCGCGGGAGUCACGAACGGAGUGAAGGUCGAAGGGGACAGUGAGGGCUCGCGCCACAUCAACGGAGAGGUGAAGAAGGAAGAGAUGGAAGCAGCGCAGAGUGUAACCAAGCCAUACACAGACUCAUCCAAGCCAUACACUGAGUUACGCGCUCAGACGGAGCCGCUGCCCGUCACUAUGACAACUGCAGAGUCCAAUGGAGACGUGGAGCACAAACCCGGCGUCCAAUCAGAGAGCUCUCAGCCCGCUGCGAACGCGCCCCCUCCGCAGCCCGUGAAACCGGUGAGGAAGCAGGGUUUCCACAACCCCAACAGAUUCAGUAGAGAACCUCUGUACAGAGUGAUUAAAAACCAACCUCCUCCUGUCCUGUCCAUCAACCUGGACCACAACCCUUUCAAAUGCAGCGCUCCCGGCUGCACAAAGUCAUUCCGUAAAGCCAAGCUGCUGCAUUACCACAUGAAAUAUUACCACGGUGAGGAACAGCCUCUGGAAGGUGAGCGCAGCCCCCCGAGGAGUGUCCAGACCAGGGCCUCCGAUAAACAGUCCUCUGCCGCCGGGCUGGACGGCUCCAAGAGGAGGCGCACCAUCUCUGCCUCAAUGCACUCGGUUGGAGCUGCCGCCGCUCCCCGUGGCGAGGUGAAGGCUGCAGGCAGGCGCACGUCAGCCCCACCUGUGGUCAACGCUCAGGGCCAUCAGCAGAGGGCGCUGCUGAGAGAGAAGAGCAAGGAGAACCAGUUGGACAGAAAUGGAUGCCAGCUGCAGGACAAGGACUCAGACCGGACUGGCUUUGACAUUGGGUCGGUAAAAGACAAACUGAGAGACAAACCAAAACAGAAGGACUUCCUCCGCAUUAAACUAAAGAAGAAGAAGAAGAAAAAGAAGUCCAAGUCGGACUACACAGGUAGUGAGGAGAAUAUUGACAUCUCUGUAUUGGGUCUUCAGUCCAAAUUGAAUUUGCCACUCAAAACCCCCUCACACAAUCACAACCCCGAGGCCUACCCCAGCAGGCCUGGAUACAGCUACUCAGAGCAGAUACAUGUGGAUGACGAGGACAGCAUCAGCGACUGGUCCACCGACAGCUGCGGGUGGAGCGAUGACGACUUUGAGGCGGACCUGGACGUGACCACGCCGCCGCUGAGCGUGGACUCCGGCGCCGUGGACACCAACGAGCAGGAGAUCGUCCGGUGUAUCUGUGAGGUGGAGGAGGAGAACGACUUCAUGAUCCAGUGUGAAGAGUGCUUGUGCUGGCAGCACGGCACCUGCAUGGGGCUGCUGGAGGACAACGUACCGGACCGAUACACCUGCUACAUCUGCAGAGAUCCCCCAGGUCAGAGGCAGAGUCUGCGCUAUUGGUACGACCGUGAGUGGCUGAGCAACGGUCACAUGUACGGCCUGUCCUUCCUGGAAGAGAACUACUCCCACCAGAAUGCCAAGAAGAUUACCACCACCCACCAGCUGCUGGGGGACGUGCACCACGUGGUGGAGAUCCUCAACGGACUGCAGCUCAAGAUGAGCGUCUUGCAGAGUAACACUCACUCGGACCUGCAGAUGUGGCGGCAGCCGUGGAAGCAUUUGGAGAGGUCCCAGAUGUUCUCCGAGUCGUGCCGGGGGAGCUACGCCGCUCCGUCUCCCAUGACGCCCGACGAGGACAUGAGUCGAGGGGAGAUUCUGAUGUCCAACGCGCUGGAGAAGCUGAGCCGGGCCGCCACGGCCGCCACCACCUCGUCCUCCUCCUGCUCCUCCUCGCCCUUCCCUUCCUUCCAGGACUCAUACAUUACCAGCGAGCACUGCUACCAGAAGCCCCGGGCGUAUUACCCGGCGGUGGAGCAGCGGCUGGUGGUGGAGACCCGACAGGGCUCCGAGCUGGAGGACAGCCUGAGGAGCACAGAGGAGCUGCUGGAGCGGGAGCAGCGCUACGGGGGCCUGCUGGAGGCCAACAGGCCCAAAUCUGCAGCCAACAGUAACAAGGCUUUGUUGGGUUGUUCUGACGCUCAGACUGAAAUCAAAGAAGAGGGCAGGAGGGACCCUGAAGACACAGCAGACAACAGCAAGCAGCACCAGCAGUGGCAGAUCAACCUGCUGGAUCACAUCGACGCAGUGCAGGAUGAGGUCUCACACCGGUUGGACUUCAUCGAGAGAGAAGUGGACGUGCUGGAGAGCUGGCUGGACUACACCGGAGAGCUGGAGCCUCCCGAGCCUCUGGCUCGUCUCCCUCAGCUCAAACACCGCAUGAAGCGGCUGCUGACACAGCUCGGCAAGGUGCAACAGAUCGCCCUGUACAGCUCCACAUGAGGGCGCCAGAGAACGGCGGCAGGCUCGGCGUGCGUGCCGCACUAAGGAACGGUGCAGUGGAAGGAGCUCGCUGGUCUGUGGCUGCAAAGAUAACAAUAUUACUGCAAGUCCAAGACCUGGAUGGCUCAGCACUUUCUGCCUGACCUGACCUCUGCUGCUGUUUCUCCCUGUUGAAAGGUUCUGUGUGGUGGAAUCCGAUGCUGGAGCCAGCCUAGUGUCAUGUGUGUAAUUCAUAUGAACACGUGUGGAAAGUGAGCAUCUUUAAAAUCAGGAUUAAACACAAAAAGUAACCUCGUAAAUGCAGGAGAAGAUCCUUAGGACCAGAUUUCUCAUCUGUGGUUCCCAUGCAACUCUAAACCUAUCGAAUGCCUUUUGUCCGAGCUCCUGCUUAAGGUCACCCGUCUCUCCGUACACAGUGCUUUACAGGCAGAAGCUUUAGAAUCAAAUUGCAAUGGAGUAUCUGAACCAUCACUCUUUGCAAUAGUUCUUCGAACACAUUUUGAGCGUGUGUUUUUUUGUUUUUGCCGUUCCAAAGUCGAUUUUUUUUUUUCUUUUUCGUGUGUCCUGACAUCGUGUUCUCAGAUUCAUGCUGCACCUGCAGACGGACGGCGACUUGAAAAACAGUUCUGCACAAGCAGCCGCCACACCUUUUCUUUAGUUGCUGAUCGACUCAAGGGUUUGUUUGCAACCACACUGUGAAGCUAUUCUCGUCAGCCAUCAAAGGCGUCUUAUUUUGGGCUUCAGAGAAGAUAACAAAAUGUGAUUUGUGCUGGGUCUCACGCUGAAGCACUGCUUUCCUAACAGUGUCGUCAUCCGUGUAUCAGGUUUGUUUCUCCGUCACUUUCCGUUGCUCAUACUGUUUAUUCUUGGCAUUGUUGUUGCUGUAGCACUUGACCUAUUAUUCACUGAAAUCUGUAACGUGGACUUGUCUCUUAUUUACCUUUGCAUCUCGUGUCAGUGACAAAUACUUAGAGAACCUAUGAAUUUAUUUUCCUUUUUUUUUUCCUGUUUCAUGUGUUCAUUUACAGUAUUUUGAUUGUUUGUAAAUAUGUCAUUGAAAUGUGUUCUCCUUUAUUGACAAUGUUCCAAAUACAGUUAUUGUAUGCCACUGUACUGUAUAAGUGUCUGGCUUAGAAGCAGGGAAAUGUCAAGACAAUGCAAACAGAUUUCCUGGUACAUAAAUAAACUUAUCAUUGUUAUUAAUCACUAUGAA